AUGGCUGUUAUCUUCCUCAUCUGCGUUCUCUUCUUCCCACUGCUCCUGCUUUCAACUCUGUUCCUAACCUCCGAUCGCCACCGGUCAUCACUGCCUCCCGGUCCAAAAGACUGGUUUUUGCUGGGACAUCUCCUCCAACUGGGCACCAAGCCACACCAAACCCUUCGUGCUCUAGCCAAAUCUCAUGGCUCCGCUGGCCUCCUCCGUCUCCGCUUAGGUACCGUCGAUGUCAUCGUCAUAUCUUCCGCCUCGGCGGCGGCCAAAUGCUUUCGCGGCCACGAUGCCAAACUCAGCAGCCGGCCCCCGAAUUCCGUGGGCAAGCACAUAACAUACAACUUCCAGGACAUCAUAAUGGCGCCCUACGGGCCGCGGUGGCGGAUGCUAAGAAAGCUCUGCUCCAUGCAUCUGUUCUCAAGUAAAUCUUUGGAUGGCCUGCAACACGUGCGGGACGAGGAAGCGGCGAGGCUCGUGCUGGAAUUGGCUUCGGGGAGGGAGGCGGCGGUUGAUGUCGGAGGGGUUGUCAACACUUGUGUAACGAAUGCUUUGGCACGUGUGUUGGUCGGACGGCGAGUGAUCGUCGAGGGCGAGGAGGCUGCGAAGUUCAAGGAAAUGACGGCGGAGAUGGCGAGGCUCGCCGGAGAAUUCAAUGUCGGAGAUUUUGUGCCGGGGAUCGACUGGCUUGACCUUCAGGGUUUGAACAAAAAGAUGAAGAAAGUCCGUGAAAGAUUUGGGGAAUUUUUGGAAAAGAUAAUUGAUGAGCACCGUUCGAUUGGCUUCAAUCAUCAGACUAGAGAUUUUUUAAGCCUGCUUAUUGAGAUGAAAGAUAGUGCAAAAGAGGAGUUCGCCGAUAUCAACAUCAAAGCUUUGCUUCAGGAUAUGUUCAUUGCAGGGACUGAAACUACUUCAAUUACAGUAGAAUGGAUAUUAGCGGAGCUCAUUCGUCACCCAAAGAUCCUUGCUCGAGCCCAACAUGAGCUCGACUCUAUAGUCGGUCGCGAUCGUUUGAUUAAUGAGUCGGACCUGUCAAAAUUUUCCUUCCUCCAUGCUAUUGUCAAGGAGACCUUCAGGCUACAUCCUCCAGUCCCCCUCUCUGUCCCUCGCAUGACAACCGAAGACUCAUGGAUCGAUGGCUAUCUGAUUCCAAAAGGCGUUACUUUGCUUAUUAAUAUUUGGGCUAUUGGCCGUGAUCCCGUCACUUGGCCCAGCGAUCCUAACAAAUUUAAUCCCGAUCGUUUUGGCCCGAACUCGCCACAUAUGAAUGUGGAUGCCAAAGGGAAUGACUUUGAGUUAAUACCAUUCGGUGCUGGGCGAAGAAUGUGUGCAGGGAUGAAUCUUGGUCUUCGUAUGGUUCAUCUCAUGACGGCUAUAUUGUUGCAUUCUUUUGACUGGGCUUUGCCUGAUGAUCGUACGGCCAAUAUCUUGGACAUGGAGGAGAGCUGCGGGGCGACCAUGCACAAGGCAAUGCCACUUGUGGCAAAAGCAGUGCCAAGACUCUCACCUCAAGCUUAUCUUUAA